GGCGGAGCCAGGGGCGGGGCUGCGGGAGCCGGCAGCGGGCGGCUCCGGGAGGCGGCAAAGAGCUCUGGCUGAAGCUGUGCAUUCCCAGGUGGGAGCAGCGGCAGGGGAGAUGCCCCAGGUGCCGGUGCUGGACUCAGGAUGAACCUCGUGGCGAUGGCGACCGACCCCGAGCUGCAGUGGGUGUCCCUGUGGCUCCGUGUGCGCUGGGCGGCCGUGCUGGUGCUGCUGCUGAGCUCCCUGGUGAUGCUGCUGCUGCCGCUGGACAACCAGUGCCAGGCUGUGCUCAAGGGCCUGUCGCUGCUGAGGAACAGGCUGGGCUCCUCCUCGGGGAUCAGCAGGAUCAUGGGACAGAGCACCGAGCUGAGCGUCACCUCCCGCGGGCUGGAGCUGCUGGUGCUCAAGGGAAAAGCAUCCCCAGAGGUGAAGCUGGAAGCCAGAGCAGCUCUGAAUCAAGCCCUGGAGAUGAAGCGCCAAGGGAAGCGGGAGAAGGCUCACAAACUCUUCCUGUACGCCCUCAAAAUGGACCCGGAUUACGUGGAUGCCCUCAACGAGUUUGGGAUCUUUUCAGAGGAGGACAAGGACAUCCUGCAGGCCGAUUACCUGUACUCCAAAGCUCUGACCAUCUCCCCCCACAACGAGAAGGCUCUGAGCAACCGCGGCCGGACGCUGCCCUUGGUGGAGGAGAUCGACCAGAGGUAUUUCAGCAUCAUCGACAGCAAGGUCAAGAAGGUGAUGGCCAUUCCCAAGGGGAAUUCUGCCCUGCGCAGGGUGAUGGAGGAAUCCUACUACCACCACAUCUACCACACGGUGGCCAUCGAGGGGAACACGCUGACGCUGUCCGAGAUCCGGCACAUCAUCGAGACCAGGUACGCCGUUCCCGGGAAGAGCCUGGCGGAGCAGAACGAGGUGCUGGGCAUGCACGCCGCCCUCAAGUUCGUCAACACCACGCUGGUGUCGCGCAUCGGCUCCGUCACCAGCAGGGACAUCCUGGACAUCCACCGGCGCGUGCUGGGCUACGCCGACCCCGUGGAGGCCGGGCGCUUCCGCGCCACGCAGGUCUUCGUGGGCCACCACAUCCCGCCGCACCCGCAGGACGUGGAGAAGCAGAUGGAGGAGUUCGUGCAGUGGCUGAACUCGGAGGACGCCAGCAGCCUGCACCCCGUGGAGUUCGCGGCGCUGGCGCACUACAAGCUGGUUUACAUCCACCCCUUCGUGGACGGCAACGGCCGCACGUCGCGGCUGCUGAUGAACCUGAUCCUGAUGCAGGCGGGCUACCCGCCCAUCACCAUCCGCAAGGAGCAGCGCGCCGAGUAUUACCACGUGCUGGAGGUGGCCAACGAGGGCGACGUGCGCCCCUUCAUCCGCUUCAUCGCCAAGUGCGCCGAGACCACGCUGGACAUGCUGCUCAUCGCCACCACCGAGUACUCCGUGGGCCUGCCCGAGGCUGGCUCCAAACAAACCAUCCCCGUCAAGACUUGAGGGUUUGGGGCAAGUUCAACAGAACUCCAAGCUGUUCCUGCUGGGAAAUGACUGGAUGGGAGGUGGCACUUGAGUGUUUUAUUUAAAUUUGAUUAAAUUAAUAUAAUUUAUUUAUAUACAUGAUGCCAAAUGGAGCUGGGGGAUGGUGGCCGUGCACUGGAAGGAGGUGGGGAGAGAUGUCAGAGGGCUCAAAAAGAUGAACUGAAAUUGAAUUUCUCCUUAGAACUAAGCUUUGAGGAGCUGCUUCAAUCACAACCCUUCACCCAAGCAGCCAGCUCUACUGUCUGACCUCAGCAAAGUCUAAACUGAGUUGGUUCUGUGUGGCCUCUUCCCUGUAGCUCCAAAACACAUCCCUGAAGGAACAGCCCUCUCCCAGCUGUGUGCCCCAGACACUCUGGUGUCAGGCACACAGGUGCUGAGCAGGAAGGAGGCUGAACUCCAGCCCAAAGGCAUCUCUCCCCUCCCAGCUCUGUUCCUGUGGCACUUUGCAUGUUUACUUUCAGCUGCCUUUCCUGGGGUGAGUUUUGUACAAGUGGGAAGUGUUUGGUCCAGGUGACAGGAGGGGAACAAGAGGAGAAAAGCUCUGACUUACUUGAGGGAGGGCUCAGAAAAUCUCAGCCAAGAGGAGCCCAGGGAAAGCACAACUGUCCUUAGACAUUUCAGUGGAGGGGUUGGAAGGAGCUUGUCUGCAGAACUGUGGGCAGAAAAGGUCAUCAGGCAGAGCCAGGAGACACCAGUUGUGCCAAUUUGGGAAGAAUGUGUACAGGAAGCCUGCCAAAAACUUCCAUUUCUUUGGUCUAGGUAAGGGAACUUCCACAGUUAAUCACUGGUCACGUCAUUACUCUGGUAAAUGUGUCAAGAAUCACUCGAGGCCUCUGUGUGCUGCAGGGGCAGUGCAGUGCCUGGAGCUGCUGAGCAGUUCAAAGAAUCCCCUUUUCCUUGGUUUUUAAGGUAAAAGUACCCACAGAUCUCCCCACCCCAAACCUGCCAGGUCUGUAACAGCAUCAUUGACCCCACCACCUCCAAGCUCACAAAACUUCCAUUUAAAAUCCCAGUGUAGAGCAUUUAACCCCUUGACAAAAGCUGCCAGGUUGUCCUAGGCUUCGUUUUCUUCCCUUUUAACUCUCUCUUACCUGACAGGGAGCUUAGGACAUGUUUUAGAGGAGCAGAAACCAGGAUGAGACUCUCUGAGCACUGCUGCCAGGGAAAGCAGACAACACAGGAGGAAAGGUGUCCUGUCUUUACAAAGCAUGUUAUUUUUGUAGUGCAACCUGAGUAUAAAUAAUGCACUUUAGAGCUCUGUGGGGAGGGAAAAAUGUUAUUUUAGUAACAGAUUAAUAAACUAUUUUAAUAUGAAAGCCUUGGUUUGGAAGAGGCUGUUGUCAGAGCACACUUGGCUGCAGUCAACUAAGUGGUUGUGGAGGAGGAGAAGCC